AUGAACAAUGGGUUGAUGAGGCUAAGCGUCGACUAUAGGCAGUUGAACAAGUUGACCAUGAAGAACCAUUACCCACUUCCUAAGAUAGAAGACCUCUUCGACCAGCUUAAAGACGGCAUCCUGGUGUACUCCCCAUCAGAGAAUGAGCAUGAUCAACAUCUCCGUAUUGUUCUUCAGACGAUCAGAGAUAGACAGUUGUGUGCCAAGUUUAGAAAAUAUAGGUUUUAUACGGAUUUGAAGCGUAAUGAUAUUGAGUUCGUAGUUAGGGAUAAGAUGUUCCUCAAGGUUUCCCCUUGGAAUAAGGUACUCUACUUCAAGCGUAAAGGAAAGUUGACUCUGCGCUUUAUAGAACCUUACAUGGUAUUUGAGAGAGUCGGACCAGUGGCUUCAGAUAACCUAGUGAGAAUCUUGGCAAGUGAAGUGAAAGAGUUGAGGAAUAAGAGGAUACCUUUUGUAAAUGUGAUAUGGAGGAACUAUGGCAUCGAGGAGGCUAUUUGGGAAAUCGAUGAGGACAUGUAG